AUGAAGAAAGCCUUUGGUCAAACUGUCCGGGACAUUAAAAGAGAGGUGAACAAAAAGGUUCUUAAAGUACCUUCAAUUGAACAGAAGGUUCUUGAUGCUACCAGCAAUGAGCCAUGGGGUCCUCAUGGAACACUUCUUGCUGAUAUCGCUCAGGCUUCGAGAAACUAUCACGAGUACCAGAUGAUUAUGUCAGUCAUCUGGAAGCGUGUCAAUGAUACAGGGAAAAAUUGGCGGCAUGUGUACAAGGCUUUAACUGUAUUGGAAUACAUGGUUGCCCAUGGGUCUGAACGCGUGAUUGAUGAGAUCAGAGAACAUGCGUACCAAAUACAGACACUGUCCGAUUUUCAAUAUAUUGAUUCCAGCGGAAGGGAUCAGGGGAGCAAUGUCAGGAAGAAAUCUCAGAGUCUUGUGGUGCUUGUGAAUGACAAAGAUAGAAUACAAGAAGUUCGUCAAAAGGCUGCUGCAAACAGAGACAAGUAUCGAAACACUGCAGCUGGAGGUAUGUAUAGGCCUGGUUCAUAUUCGAGUGGUUAUGAUGAUGAUCGUUAUGAUGGACGGUAUGGAGGAAGAGAUGAAGACCGAAAUGGUUAUGGCAGAGAGAGAGAAUGGGGUUCUAGGGAUGAUGACAGAUAUGGUAGGUAUGGAGAUUCAUAUGGUCGUGACGGGGAUAGGUAUAACCGAGAUGAAGACCGGUACGCCCGAGAUGGCUACAGGGAUGAUGACUAUCGUGGAAGAAGCAGAAGUGUUGAUGAUUAUCAGUAUGGUUCAAGAAGUAGAAGCUCUGACCGUGAUCGAGACCGUUCUUAUGAAGAUGAUGGCCAGUAUUCUUCCAGUAGAGGAAAUGGUGCCCGGACAGAUGAUCAAUCACAAGAUGGAAGUUAUGCUGGCCGGAAUCUGGAGAGGAAAUAUUCUGAGCCUAACCUUGGUGCUCCUCCUAGUUACGAGGAGGCUGUUAGUGCUGGGCGAAGUCCCACUUAUAGUGACAGGGAUGGAGAUAUACCUUCAGGAGCUGCUGCAAAAUCUUCUUCUCCAACUGCAACUGUUGCUCCGAGUCAAUCACCGAAUGCUCAUCCUUCACAGCCCGAAGCUGCUUCACCUCCACCACCACCGUUUUCUGAUGAGAAAGAAGUUGAUGGCUUUGAUGAGUUUGAUCCGCGUGGUUCCUUUUCGUCUACGACCACUUCAAAUGUGGCUGCCCCAGCUAGUACUGGGAGUAUCCCACCAGCGUCUACUAACAGUGCAGAGAUGGAUCUACUUGGUGCUUUAUCUGACUCACUGGCUAUUGUGCCUACUACUGCAUAUCCUGCAGCCUCUGAAGAUGUCCAAACAAGUGCCAGCACAGGACCCUCUUUUACAGCUGCUUCAGCAUCCUCGUACUCUAAUCAGGCAUUUGAUGAUCCAUUUGGUGAUGGGCCUUUUAAGGCUGUUGCUACUACUGAAGACUUCCCUACUGCACAGACUGUUGCAAAUCCAAACCCACCUCAAUUUGUUCCACAGAAGACUGAGCCUGUUUCUUCUUUUGGAGAGACUUCUAAUGCCUCUUCUGGUGCUAAUCCUUCUGCUGCAAACAUCCAGUAUUCUACACAUGAGUCCUCCCCUCUCUCGGAUAUUGACAUAUUAGCAGAUAUUCUCCCACCUACUGGUCCUCAACCUCCUGCAAAUUCACAGACACUGUAUGCAGCUCCAAAUGGACAUCCUUCGCUGGGUGCAGGUUCUCCACCUCAAAGUGUCCAAUCAACGACACAUAUGGCUUUCCCAUCUCAAAACAGUUCAAUGCAGCAAGCAAAUUUCCCAACUCAAUCUGUGCACGUUGCGGAUCACACAAAUUUCCCUUCUCAAUCUGUCCAAUCCUCAAUGCAGAAUAAUUUCCCCAUGCAAUCUGGUCAACAUGUACCCCAGACAAAUUUUGUGCCCCAAACUGCUCCAAAUGGUCAACCUACACCUGUUCCUGGUCAGCAGGGCUCUUUCAUGUCUCAGUCCAUGCCACAAAACCCUGGCUUCUAUGGGAGUUAUAACCAACAGAUGGCAUCUUCAGCCCCUGCUGUGCCACAGAUGACUUCUCAACUUUCGGUAGGCCCAUCAGCACAGCAGAACACUGGGAGCUACUUUUCACCAACUGGUUCUGCUUCUCCACCUUCACAAAUGAGAUCAAAUGCCCCAUUGGUCUCACAAGCUUCAGUUUCAGUAUCAACUGGAUCACUUGUUCCAGCGCCUCCACCGGCAAAAGAUAAAUUUGAGACCAAGUCAACUGUUUGGACCGAUACUCUCAGUCGUGGACUAGUCAAUUUGAAUAUUUCUGGGCCUAAGACUAAUCCUUUAGCUGAUAUUGGAGUUGAUUUUGAUGCAAUAAAUCGGAAGGAGAAAAGAUUGGAAAAACCUACAAAUACGCCCACAGUGUCAAAUGUUACCAUGGGCAAAGCAAUGGGUUCGGGUUCUGGUAUCGGGCGUGCUGGUGCUGGUGCAAUUAGGCCACCACCCAAUCCAAUGGUAGGUUCAGGCAUGGGAAUAGGCGGUGCUCCAGGUCAAGGCAUGGGAAUGGGAGGUUAUCCAUCUAUGAAUCAGCCGAUGGGUGGUAUGGGAAUGAAUAUGAACCCAAAUAUGGGCAUGGGAAUGAAUAUGAACCAAAAUAUGGGCAUGGGAAUGAACAUGGGUAUUGGGCAAGGUGGCCCGAUGCAGCGGCCAAUGGGAUUUCCUCCCGGAUCUGCGAUGCCUGGAGGUUAUAAUCCUAUGAUGGGAAUGGGCAACUACGGUCAACAACCAUAUGGUGGUGGCUACCGUUGA